AGUUUGAUCCUUUUCUCCGAGAACCUCUUCCGCAGUCAACAAACAAGAGGCGGAAGUAAAUACGGUGUGUUGUCCUGCAGGCUGAGAGGAAAGAAUGGCGGAUGAGGAAGACGAGGCCGGCUUCGACGAGGAGUUGGACGACGGCACCGGCGGGGUGGACGUCGGCCACGGGAAGAGGAAACGGCUCUUCUCCAAGGAGCUGCGGUGCAUGAUGUACGGCUUCGGGGACGAUCAGAACCCGUACACGGAGUCCGUGGACAUCCUGGAGGACCUGGUGAUCGACUUCAUCACGGAAAUGACCCACAAGGCCAUGUCCAUCGGGCGCCAGGGCCGCGUCCAGGUGGAGGAUAUCGUGUUCCUGAUUCGCAAGGACCCGAGGAAGUUCGCCAGAGUCAAAGACCUGCUGACCAUGAACGAGGAGCUGAAGAGAGCCCGGAAAGCUUUCGAUGAAGCCAACUACGGCUCGUAAACUCUCCCCGGGACACUUCAUUCACACAAUGUGGCUGUUUAGUUUGUUUACAUGUGUCUGGACUGCUGUCGGGGAGUGAUUUCAAAUAAAGUAAUCGUUAUAUUGUUUUAAUAAAGCCAGUUGUUCAGUUUAA